UGUGACAACUUCGUUUAUUUGUCAUAAGUUUUACAACCAAUUAAUUAAUAUUGUUAUUAUUAUUAUUGUUAUUAAUCUUCAAAAUCGUUACUAGCGAAACUACAGAAACUUUUUUUACAACAUUGCUAAAUAUUGAAGAAGAAGAACAUUUAUUUACUUUCCACAAAUUUAAAAAUAUUGCAAGGUUUAUGUUUACUUUUUGAAGGGAGUUGCCAUUUUAUACACAUUUGUAGUUGUAUCUCUAUGUUUUCAACGCCAAUUCAUUAUAAAAUUUAAGAACAAAAAGACAACCUAGUCCGAAGAAAUUCAGCGUCGUAAAUGAAAAAAAUAACAAAAAGGCAAAGAACUAAAUUAUAUAAAUCGCAAAAUGUUUGCCUUAAAGUGUUCGGGUUGUGUAAUGAACACUAAUUUGACGCUUUCGCGAAACUUACAUAUCAAAAGAAUAGAAUUACUUAAGAAAUGUUGCUCUAUCUUGGGCGUAGAUCAAUCUGCUGAUCAAAAUACGGUUCGUCGUGCUUACAUCGAAUUAGUGAAGAAACUUCACCCAGAUUCCGGCCAGCUGGAAGCUUCAGAAGAACGCUUCCAACAAGUGGAUGAAGCUUUUAAAAUUUUGCAGGAAAAAUUUGCUAAAAAUCGUCGCGGUAUUUUCGAGGAUGAUGAGGAAGAAGUGCCUGAUAUAGAACACACCGCUCCCCAACACCGCCAGUAUUUAACUUAUGAUGGCUACGGUGUGGGAAAUCCAUUUCAGCGUCAGAAACAGUAUCAACAAAUAAAGGCUAUGAAAGCACAGGAACGUGUUCUAAAACAUCGUAUGGAUAAGUCACAAGCUGACGAAAAAGCUCUCUUGAAAAAAGGAGGCUUUUUUGCUAGGAACCAUCUAUACAAAACUAAAUACGGGUUUGAUCGUGUAGUAGAAGAUUAUAUACAAGAAGCUAUGUCUAAAGGGGAUUUUAAUAAUCUUAGUGGUGCUGGAAAACCUUUGUCGAAUGCACAAACGCAAAAUCCCUACUUGGAUUUCACUACCCAUAAGCUGAAUAAGAUCUUACUGGACAAUGGCUUUACACCGGAAUGGAUUACGUUGCAACGAGACAUAAGGCAAGCUUUAAACGAAUUAAAAAGAAAAUUCAAACAGGAAAGAAUAUAUUUCGGUGAAUAUCCUCUAACGGGCACGCAAGUGAAAGCCUGGGAGACUAUUUUAAAAAAUUACGAGGAGGAAGUAAAACAAAUUAACAAGAGUAUAGACAAAUAUAAUUUAAUAGUGCCUAUAUUUGACCAUCAAUUUUUUCGUGUGAACUUGCAUAAAUUAUCUGAAGAUAUUUUAAAAGAUCCCGAUUUACCUAAAAAUCAGCAACGACUAUCGGGAAAUGUUGGAAAAGAUGAAAGUGUAAAAUCAAACGAGGCACCAAACCAUUUUCUUGGUUUCUUAGGUUCAUUGUUUUAACGCUAAACUGAUAGCUGGAUCGAAAACGAAACAAGUGAUGUGAAUCUUAAAAAUAAAAUUUUAUUGUUGCAAUGAUUUUUUAUAUAAUU